AUGAACAAGCCAAAUUACCCAACUCAAGAACAAGGCGGCCAGUCGAUGUACCAGGCCUCCGAUGGUAAAUGGUACCCCUCGGCCCAGAUCCCGCAGAACUGGCAGCCGCAGCAACAGCAGGGCGGGCAGGGUGGUUAUGGGGGCGGGUACGGGCAGCCGGGCCAAGGACAGGGCCAGGGAUACUACGGUCAACAGCCAAUGGGCUACGGAAGCCAACAGCCUCAGCCUUACGUCGUUCAGCAGUCCAGACCUGGAGGUGCGGCCGGUGCCGGCGGUGCGGGAUGCCUAGCCGCGUGCUGUGCUGGUAUGCUCUGCUGCGGAAUCACCGACUGUCUAUUCUAG